AUGUCCACACAACGGCCCGAUGGGCCUUCCUCACCCUCACCUCCCAUCUCCCCGCUUGACUCCCCGCGAAACACCCCCAGAAUCGACACCACCUCGCAGCAGCGUCCCAAGCCUCGCCCAAAACUCGUGUCGUUUGGCCGCGAUAUCUCUGGCUCUGGCGACGGCCGUCCCACGACAGAAGGCAGGCCACGCGUUGACUUUAUCGAAGCAAUUCAAGAGCACUCGCCCUUCAUACAGCCAAGCAGAAUGUCACGCGAAGUCGACCCGCUACUCAAGGAGACCAUGUCGCCCCUCGACGCACGACGACUGGACUGGCAAGGCGAGCAACAGACCGAGGAGACCAAGAGCAGUUUGUUCCCUCUUCCCGCGUGCGUCACCGUCUGUGGGCUUGCGGACUCCAGAUUGGCUGGUCGCGUUGAGACCUCCAACGGUUCGCCCUACCUGUUGUCCCUUGGUCUGAGCAAGUCGAUGCUCGCCCUAGUCUGGAUUGCCGGUCCGCUUUCUGGUGUCCUAGUCCAACCUUAUGUCGGUCUCAAGAGUGACAAUUGCCGCAUGCGAUGGGGAAAGCGACGACCCUUCAUCGUAGGUGGCGCCGUCGCCACCAUUCUGUCUCUCAUGGUUCUAGCUUGGGCCAAGGAACUCGUUGGAGGCUUUUUGGGCAUUUUCGGUGCCGACCCAGAGUCCACUGGCGUUCGCACAAGCAUCAUGCUCUUCGCCAUCAUGUUCGUAUACGUGUUGGACUUUGCUAUCAACGUCAACGUCGCCCCUACCCACCAGCAGGAGUCGGCCAACGCAUGGUUGAUGCGCUCUGCUGGUAUUGGAAACAUUGCUGGCUACCUGGCUGGUUACAUAAAGCUACCGGAAUAUCUUCCAUGGCUUGGUGACUCACAGUUCAAGGUCCUCUGCGCCAUUGCAUCCUUCAUCAUGGCCCUCACUGUCGGAAUCAGUGUAACUACCUGUGAGGAGCGCGAUCCGACCUGGGAUGCUGCCCCAGCGGAACAAGAAGGUGGUGUCAUUGCCUUCUUCAAGUCACUGUUCCGCUCCGUCGGUGCCCUCCCUGCGCAGAUCAAGCGAGUCUGUGAAGUUCAAUUCUUCGCAUGGAUCGGAUGGUUUCCGUUCCUCUUCUACAUCACCACCUACGUUGGCCAGAUCUAUGUGAAUCCCUACCUGGAGAAAAAUCCCAACGCGACAGACAAGGAAAUUGACCUUGUCUGGGAAGAUGCAACCAGAAUUGGAACCAGAGCACUCCUGCUGUUCGCUGUUGUCACCUUCGCAGCCUCGGUUUUCCUUCCAUUCGUCAUUCCCCCGACUUUCCAAGCGCCAGAACCCGACCGCCCAAUGACACCCGCAACGCCAAUGACACCUGCGACUCCACAUUCAAUGGGUGGCUCUGGCUACUUUGCCUUGUCUCACACGUCCAAGGGCACUCCACGCACACUCACGGAAAAAAUUUCGCAGUCAUUGGACGUCCUCCAGAUCAAGUCGCUUACUCUUCGUCGCGCAUGGGUCUUCUCGCACCUCGCUUUCGCCGCCCUCAUGGUCCUAACAUUCUUCAUCAAGUCCACAAUGGGCGCAACCAUCCUUGUAGGUGCCAUUGGUAUUCCUUGGUGUAUCACCAACUGGGCUCCGUUUGCCAUCAUCGCUUCUGAAAUCUCCAAACGCGACGCCAUCCGACGUGGGAUUAUCCGCCCCCGUGAUCGGGAGUCGCAACUCAUUGCCGAGGGAGAAGAUGACGCAUCUGGCUCUGGGGCUGAUUCGGCAGGCGUCGUUCUUGGUAUCCACAACGUCGCCAUCGCCGCACCUCAGGUAAUCGCUACCCUUGUCAGUGCAGUCAUGUUCAAGUUCCUUCAGAAGCCUCGAGGUGUUCCAGGUGACGAGAGCGUAGCAUGGGUCCUUCGCUUUGGAGGCAUCUGCGCGAUUGCAGCAGCAUAUCUCACAUUGCGCGUUCACGAAGAGAAGGAAGAGGAGGUCGACGAGCCCUUCAGAAGGCGAUUGUCUUAG